AUGGUCAAACUUAGUUGUUAUUGGUUGACCUUAGUCCUGGUGGUUAUUUCGGGGGCAGAGGAUCCUGAGGAAGGCACCGCAGUGGCUAGUUCUAGCGGGGAAUUAAACGAGGAAACGUGUGGCAAGAAUCGUGAUGGCUGCUGUUCUGAGCUUUAUAUUGGACAAGAGGAAGACUUGACGAAAUGUUUCGUUAUACAUUCCCCUAAACUGCCCAUGGCUGGAGACACGGACGUUAGCAAGACCCUUCGCUUUCUUUCGUGCUUUGUGGAGUGCCUGUACAAGCAGAAAAAGUACAUUGGCAAGAGCGACACCAUUAAUAUGAAAAUGGUCAAGCUGGAUGCGGAAAAUAUGUACGAGAAUCGGCCGAAGGAGAAGGAUUACCACAUAGCCAUGUACGAUUUCUGUCGCAAGGAUGCUGUGGGCGUUUACAACCUGCUUAAGGCCAGUCCCGGAGCCAAGGUGCUCCUGAAAGGCGCCUGUCGUCCCUACCUAUUGAUGGUUUUCAUGUGCAUGAGCGAUUAUCACCAGAAGCACGAGUGCCCCUACUUCAAAUGGGAGGGCAGCAGCAAGGCGGGCACGAAGGAUCAAUGCGAGCAGGCCAAGGCCAAGUGUUAUGUAAUCGACGGGAUAACUCUAUAA